UAUCCAUUGGAGUCGGCGGCCCGAUUCAUGAAAUUGCCGCAUGAAUGUUCAUCAGUUCAUGUGACCCAUAACAAAAAAGUGGUGGAGAAAUCAGAAAUCCCAUCAGAAUUCCUGAGAAAAAUGGGAGCUCUACAUCUGGGCAAUUCAAUUGCUCCAUGUUUCAUCACUUCUUCACAAGAGAAUCCAUUGAUUUUCUCUCCUCUGAGCAAAAGCAAUGCCAUUUAUGCGCCUAUUCUUGUCAGGGUCGCGAGGCAGCCCUCCAAAUGGAACAAGAUUUCUUCCAAAUUGAGUGGGAGUGAAGUUGGGAAAGGGGUUUCGGGGAAGAACAAAAUGGAGGAGUACAACGUGGCCAUGAAGAGGAUGAUGAGGAACCCAUACGAGUAUCACCAUGAUCUGGGCAUGAACUAUACAUUGAUAACUGAAAAUCUCAUUGUUGGUUCUCAACCUCAGAAAGUCGAAGAUAUAGAUCAUUUGAGGGAGGAACAGAACGUGGCCUAUAUUCUGAACUUGCAACAGGAUACAGAUGUUGAGUAUUGGGGAAUAGAUCUCCCAUCUAUAGUACAAAGAUGCAAAGAACUUGGAAUUCAUCACAUGAGAAGCCCUGCGAAAGAUUUUGAUCCGGAUUCUUUGAGGAGCGGUUUGCCGAAAUCUGUUUCGUUAUUGGAAUGGGCCAUUUCUGAAGAGAAAGGACGAGUCUAUGUACAUUGCACGGCUGGAUUGGGGAGGGCUCCCGCUGUGGCAAUUGCUUACAUGUUCUGGUUUUGCGACAUGGAUCUAACUACAGCAUAUGAGACGCACACUUCGAAAAGGCCUUGUGGACCGAACAAAAGAGCAAUACGCGGAGCCACGUAUGAUUUGGCUAAAAAUGACCCUUGGAAAGAGCCCUUCGAGAAUCUUCCAGACCAUGCGUUUGAGGGCAUAGCAGAUUGGGAAAGGAAACUGAUACAAGACCGUGUCCGUGCUCUCCGACAUUCUUGAGGAAAUCUAUACAGCCAUACAGGCUAACAGGAGUGGAAGCAAACCCCUGGGAAACUGCAGUUACACCCAAAAAUUGCAUUAUUCUGUUCUGCAAAAGUUUAGAUUUACUCAAAAUAAUUAUACUGUAGAAAUAAAGAAAUAAAAGAAUUGACAGACAGCAUACUGACUGUCAAAUUACAAACUCUGAUGUAUCUGGAGCAUAUAAAUGAAAUCAUAAAGAAACUAUUUUGAUUUGAA